AUGUUCAGCGAACUAAUCAAUUUCCAAAACGAAGGCCACCAAUGUCAAUGCAAAUGUGGUAGUUGCAAAACCAAUGAACAGUGUCAAAAAUCGUGCAACUGUCCAACUGGCUGUGACAGUGAUGACAAAUGCCCCUGUGGCAACAAGUCUGAAAAAACCAAGAAGCCAUGCUGCUCGGCUUAA